AGUAGGCGGGGUGACGUGGGGUUGACGCUCCGCGGCGGGUUUUGCUGAGGUCUGCGGCCGGUGGCAGCUUGAGCUGCGGGCUUCGGAGAGCGCGAGGUGGAGCGGGGCGGUGUGUGGUCGGGGCCAUGUCGAGCAAUGCCGGGGAGUGGUGUCUCAUGGAAAGCGACCCCGGGGUCUUCACCGAGCUCAUUAAAGGAUUCGGUUGCCGAGGAGCUCAAGUAGAAGAAAUAUGGAGCUUAGAGCCUGAGAAUUUCGAAAAGCUAAAGCCGGUUCAUGGGUUAAUUUUUCUUUUCAAGUGGCAGCCAGGAGAAGAACCAGCUGGCUCUGUGGUUCAGGACUCCAGACUUGAAACAAUAUUUUUUGCUAAGCAGGUAAUUAAUAACGCUUGUGCCACGCAGGCUAUUGUAAGUGUACUACUGAACUGUACCCAUCAAGAUGUCCAUUUAGGAGAGACAUUAUCAGAAUUUAAGGAAUUUUCCCAAAGUUUUGAUGCAGCUAUGAAGGGGUUGGCAUUGAGUAACUCAGAUGUGAUUCGACAAGUGCACAACAGUUUUGCCAGACAGCAGAUGUUUGAAUUUGAUACAAAGACAUCAGCCAAAGAAGAAGAUGCUUUUCACUUUGUCAGUUAUGUUCCAGUUAAUGGAAGACUGUAUGAAUUAGAUGGAUUAAGAGAAGGCCCAAUUGAUUUAGGUGCAUGCAAUCAAGAUGACUGGAUUACUGCAGUGAGGCCAGUAAUAGAGAAGAGGAUUCAAAAGUAUAGUGAAGGAGAAAUUCGAUUUAAUUUAAUGGCCAUUGUAUCUGACAGAAAAAUGAUAUAUGAACAGAAGAUAGCAGAGUUACAGAGACAGCUUGCAGAGGAGGAACCCAUGGAUACAGAUCAGGGUAGUACUGUGUUAAGUGCUAUUCAGUCAGAAGUUGCCAGAAACCAGAUGCUUAUUGAAGAAGAGGUACAAAAGUUAAAAAGAUAUAAGAUUGAAAAUAUCAGAAGGAAGCAUAACUACCUGCCUUUCAUUAUGGAAUUGUUAAAGACCUUAGCAGAACACCAGCAGUUAAUUCCACUUGUGGAAAAGGCAAAAGAAAAACAGAAUGCAAAGAAAGCUCAGGAAACUAAGUGAAGAGGAUAUUUGGACAUGUGUACACUGCUGCACUUAAUUUCAUGGACACCAUUAAAUAAAAGAAACUUUGAACAACAUCCUAAUUGACUCAGUGCACGUUUGGCAUAGUACCAGUCUGUCUUUAUGCAUGGAGUUAAAACUCUUUCCUUACCUGCAUCAUGUGUAUGUAGUGCAUAUUAAAUAAAAGUGACAUAAAAAGUGCUGGCCAAAUUUCAUUAUUCAGUUCUGGAUCUGAGAGUUCUUGGUCUCUAGAAAUGCAGCUAGAGUAGCGAACCUGGAAAAUACAGAUAAUAUGCUUCAUCUGUAGUUGGUCUGAUUAAUACUUUUAUUUGUUUGCUUAAUAUAUUCAAUUUAUGAAUGUCAGAUCUUACUUAAGGUUGGUCAUCUGUUUCCAAUUGUGGCAAAAAUAAUUAGCAUUUUUUGUCAUUGUGUGUUUUGCAGAUCUUAAAACUAAAUUUUAUCUUAUACCAACUUGAUUUUUUAAGGCCAGUUAUUUGGAAAGACUGAUACAAUUUCUGAUGAUUUACAUUGCUCUCUGUAAAGACGACAAUAAAUAUCCCAAUUAUACUUUAGCAAACUUU